GUUUUGAAAGCAGUACAUUGGCCGACCACGUCGAACCGUGCUGCCCAGGUGUAGCGCUCUGUGACUCCUGUCCUUUCACAUGCUGGGCAUGCUGCACCUUAGGAAUGACACCUAAAUGUUUUCAUAAUUAGAGCACGUGCAUUGCAUUCUUCGCUAUGUUGUUCUUUGUUCUUGUUGUCUACCACUUCUUCACUAUAGCCUGUGGCCACAGCUUUGACCCUUCAACGACUGACUACUGUCCAGACUCAUAACUGUUCAGAAACACAAAAAAUGCUGUGAUCAUUUGAAAACAGGGCCCAUAUCAACCUUGUCUUCUUUUGAGUUAUGUACUGUGAAUCGCUUCUGUCCACCGCCAGUGCAGUGUGAACAAUGGCAAAGUAAUGUUUGUUUGACAUGAAAGAAUGAGUGUGUGUGUUUUGUCACUGGCCUGUGAAAGAAUGAGUUUGACGCGGUAGGGGCGUGCCACCGACGCUGAGGGAAGUCUGUCAACUUCUCUUACGUAAGACGAUUCAGGUUUCUGUCCCACGCUGCCAAAAUCAGUUUUGUGCUUCGAAGCUUGGCUGCUGGAAUUACACAGGUGUCAAACAAACCUUGAUAUCUAUCUGACACACGAAACAGGUGGAUAGUUUGUGGAUCGGUUCACACGUCGGUUGGCUUCGGGACAAACGCUGCCUUUGAGACAAAGUCUGGAUUUGUGCGUUGCUGGUGUGAAACCUAUGUCCUGUGGCCCAGGGGAUGCUGAGCAGGAUGUGAGGGUUUCAGACAUGAGCUGCAGCCACCGAACAUCCCGUCCCCAGGCUUCCAGCUUCACCAGGAGGGGUAUCAUCAAUGCAGAACCAUGUGCCAGGAUCCCGUUGUGGGUCCAGACACUGUUAUUGGUCCUGUUUAUGGCAGGAAAUGCAUCAAGUCAAACAACUAUCCCGGAAACAAAUUCGCCAAUUCUCCAAUCAUCAGUAGACGCCACUAACACCAUCACUCCCAAACCAGACUCCACAACCACCAACACCCCCGCCCCCCCCACUGAGACGACCAUCUCCAACCCACCCACGACAACAACCCCAACCACCAAGACCUCCACCACCACCACCCCAACCACCACCACCCCCGCCCCGUCCACUAAGACUAGCAUCAUCCCCCCAACCACUAAGACUAGCAUCAUCCCCCCAGGCACUAAGACUAGCAUCAUCCCCCCAGGCACUAAGACUAGCAUCAUCCCCCCAGGCACUAAGACUAGCAUCAUCCCCCCAGGCACUAAGACUAGCAUCAUCCCCCCAGACUAG